UAUAUGGACAGAUUGACUGCCAUUCCGAUGACGUCACGGAACUGUUUAUUUCAAGGAAGCUGUUGCUAAGUUCUUAUCUUUGCAAAGCUAGGUCAAUAUACACUGUAAGUAAGUAGUGAGUGACCGCGUCACAGAAGGGUACUACAGCAGAAGAGGAACAAUCAGCAGGAAAAAGAAGCUCCAAUUCUCCACAAUGCCAGCCUGCUGUUUUUUAAUUGUGCUCAUUGUUUUUUCUGGAUUCUCUACAUGUCAUGGGCAUGGCACUGAGAACGACACUGUGUUGGGGAACAGCACUGUCACCCCGUUACUACUUGUCUCGUUUGAUGGCUUCAGGGCAGAUUACUUAAAGAAGUACAGCUUUCCAAACCUUGAGAAGUUCUUUUCUGAUGGCGUCCUUGUGGACCAUGUCUCUAACGUCUUUAUUACCAAAACUUUCCCCAACCAUUAUAGCAUAGUUACUGGCCGUUAUGCUGAAAGCCAUGGCAUUCUCUCGAGCAAUAUGUAUGAUCCGGAUGCAAAUAAAACAUUCUCUUUAAGCAACGAUUCUGAUUCGUUUUGGUGGGAGCAGGCCACACCACUCUGGGUAUCCAUUCAGCAGAAAGGUUACAAGAGUGCUGCAGCCAUGUGGCCUGGGACCGAUAUUAAGAUUCACAAUCUGACUGCUUCAUAUUUUUUAAAGUAUCAGCAUAAUGUGCCAUUUCAAGAGAGAGUUGACAACCUUACAAAAUGGCUUAGCCAAGAUUUAGUGAAGUUUGCAACAUUAUACUGGGAGGAGCCAGACUACUCCGGCCACUUAUAUGGACCAGAUAAUGUAAAGGAAAUGACAAAGGCUCUGAAACAAGUGGAUGAUCACAUUGGCUACCUGAUUGACAAACUCAAACAGACAGGGCUGUGGAGCAACAUUAAUAUCAUCAUUACGAGUGAUCAUGGAAUGGUCCAGUGUGCCCCUGACAAGCUUAUACGGCUUGAUGACUGCAUUGGUCCAAAAAAUUACACCUUGGUGGAUAUGACUCCUGUUUCUGCAAUUUUACCACUGACCAAUGUAACUUACGUCUAUGAUUUGCUGAAGAAGUGUAGCCCUCAUAUGAAAGCGUACAUGAAGGAGGACAUUCCAGAUAGGUUGCAUUACAAGAACAAUAGGAGGAUCCAGCCCAUCAUCCUUGUUGCUGAUGAAGGGUGGACUAUUGUUCGAAAUGGAUCACUUCCCCGGUUCGGCGAUCAUGGCUAUGACAACACUUUACCCAGCAUGCACCCUUUUCUGGCAGCCCAUGGCCCUGCCUUUCGCAAGGGCUACAGACUGAACAGCAUCAACACCGUGGACAUCUACUCGCUAAUAUGCCACUUGCUGAGACUGGAAGAGCAACCCAACAAUGGCACUUUCACCAACACAAAGUGUAUGCUUGCCAGCCAAUGGUGUGUUAACCUUCCAGAAGUCAUAGGGAUAGUCAUUGGUGUCUUUAUGGUGCUGACCACUCUAACGUGCCUGAUUAUCAUCAUGAAGAACAAAGGGCCGUCCUCGUCUCGCUCCUUCGCACGCCUGGAGCUGCAGGACGAUGAUGAUGACGAUGCAUUAAUUGGGUAGAAUGCAUUCAGGGGUUCUGUCAAAUGGGAAAAAAAGAAGUCUUAUUUUACUAUUAAUAUUACUGUUUUACCUCAUUCUAAUAAAUUGAUAUUUAAACCCCCACAUAAGCACAGUACAAUCGCAAAAGCCAUUUACCUACCUGUAUUUGAGUGGUGUAACUUCUAAUAGGCUGAAAUACAGGGUAUUUCAAAACAUCCUGGCCCACUACAUUAUAUACUGUACCAUUGACAAACAUUUUCUCACCUGCAACAAGACAAAAGAAGCAUAAACUCACUGUGGGCCAGGACUUUUGAAACACAUGGUAUAUAUUGGGUUAUAUGGGGGGAUAAUUUAAUUUCUAUUUAUAAAUAAAAACGAAUACCCCGUAGGACACUAUAUGGACUGAUUUAACAAUUUGGAGGUUUUUCUAACCCAUGAAUACAGUAAAAACAAACAAAAAAAAAUACAUUAAUAAUAAUACUUGUUACCUGUCAGCACUCCAGUUACUUAGAACUGUAUAUCUUCCUGUGACAGGUUACCCAUAUUCUCCCAGUAGAGAUUAUUUUAACCCAUACUUAUUUAAUUCCAAUCAAUCAAAAAUAAUUAAAUCCAAUUUGUGAAUUUCUAAUCUGCCUCUGUCAGGAGUCGUCACAUUGACACUUGAGCGAUACCAGAGGUGAUCUAUUGGAGCAACUGAUGUAAUCUAGGGAAUCAGAUCUUCAAAAUGAAAAUGUCUUUCUUUCUGAGUUGUUUAGAGCUAUCAAUCGUGUAAUUUGAAAUGCACUUUUACCCACCAGUAACCAAACGUACAUUAAAAUGGCUUUAUUUUUUCAGUUUGCACUGCAAAACAACCGAUAGUUUAAGUCUUGCACUCUUUCCUUGUGUUCUUAACUUACCGAUUAUGCCACAAGCCAAUUUAUUUAACUACCCUACAUGGUUGUGCCAGGACUUUAACUUCUUACUUAUGGAAUUACAGUAUAUUGUACAGUAGAAUCUCAGAGUUACGAACACCUUGGUAAUGGAGGUUGUUCGUAAGUCUGAAAUAACUCUAAAAAUGAGUUUAAUGUGUACACCUGCUAUCUACACCCUUUAUCUGGUGCAUAACAGCACAGUAAUGCAAUACUCAUAUUAUUAUGGUUUGGAAGGCUUUAAAACUGUACCAUACGUGGAAAAAGGCCACAUUUAAUUUACCAUUGGAGUUGUAACUAGCAAAAACAUAGUCAUGCAGCUUGAUCGGUCAUUCAGCCUCCUUUGUCGUUUAUACCAAUGCCUAUCUGGUUGCAUUGUAUGCAUGCUUGUAUGAUAACAUAAGUCCAUCCAGUUUGUAAGUUCUACCAAGCUGAACAUGUUUGUUUGUGGGACUGAAGAUUUAAUACAGCAUUCUUUUAAACCUUGUAAAACAAUAUUAUUAUUAAUUAUUGGCAGGUAUUUACUGCACUGAAGUUUCUUGUUGCAUGACUUUUGCUUGAAAACUUGACAGUAGUAACAUAAGGCUUUACAGUCCAAGAGUGACUUUUUAGGGCUGUUCCACACCUUGGUGUUGUAAAAUAGCAAAUUUGAUGUGUUGCAAACUUGAUAAUGAAAAAUUAUUUUGAGAAAUAUAUGGUGGAUAUCUUUCCAAGAUUCAAUAGUUACUGAUAAUAAUAGACCAGUUUCUCAAAAUUAAAAAAAAAAAAAGUGUGGUGUUGUCAGGGAAAUAAUUUUUUUUUUAAAAGUUUUAAUUUUUUUUUAUAAUAGAACUUGGAAAAUAACUGUUACUGCACUAGAAUUCCAUUCUGAAGGGAACCCCAUGUGCUUUAUACAUUAUUUUUGUAUGUAACUACAGCAUACAUUCAGGCAAUCAAUGUACCAUACUUUUGCUAGACACUGGUUGCUUAUGUUUUGUUUUUGUCUAUUAAAUGGUCUGCGUCAGCUUUGUUACAGUAGAUAUGACAAUUAGGUCAACCUGAGGGAAAUGUAUCCUACCCCAUCAACAGCCUCAUCCCACAAAAAAAAUAUGCUGUUUUCACUGCUACAUCCAGGUAAAUGUUUUUAUUUCCAAGGCACAUUUCAUCAUUUGAACUCCACAGCUUUAUGUGCAAUUUGCAUACGAAAGGCCUUCUGCCAUGUGGUUUAUCAUUUGCCAAAUUAGACUAUGUCAGGAUAUUAAAGUAUACAUUUUAUUUGUGUGUGCAUGUACAGUUUAUAGUAAGGAAAUAUUGGGGGGGGGGGUGGUAUUUGACUCAUUUCUGUAGAUAAUUUGAUAGAUAAAGAGGAGAGGUGAUACCUUUUAUUGGACUAAAUAACAAAUGAUUAAAUCACAAGCUUUCAGGCCUUGUCUGAAGAAGAGACCUCUGAAGUCUUGAAAGCUUGUGAUUUCAUUAUUUUUUAUUUAGUCCAAUAAAAGGUAUCACCUCUCCUCCUCUUUGUCUAUCGUCUCUGGACUGAUACGGCUACCGUUUCACCUAUUUUUAGAUAAUUUAAAAUAGUAGCUGUAUCAUAAAUUGCUGUUUUAUUCUACUGUUUGUUUUUAACUGUACUAUGCAAAUUCUGUUUUUAAGCAUUUGUUGCACUUGGUGGUGCAAAGCCACAAAACCAGAUAAUAGAUAUGCGAAGAAAAAGCACUAUAGAACUUUUGUCAUUGUAUGUUGAAAACAAUGUUACUUCUUUAUGAUGGAAGUCACAAAUUUCCAUGUUUUGUUGUUCUUUGUACCUCUCCAGGUUUGCUUAUGGGUAGUCUUUCUUUCUGCAAAACAUUUAAAACGGGCAUGCAUUGGACUGGGUAAACAAAUUGCACUAUGUAAAUGUAAUAUUCGCUUUACAGUCAUAGUGAAGAUAAAAAUUGUAUAAAUGCUUUGCGAGCCUUGUUUGGUUAAACCAUAUGAAUAAAUGUGUUUGAUGUUAUGUAUUAUUUAUUUUCCUAGCAGGCGUCCUUAUGAUGAAGUAUAUUUAACCACUUUGGAGGCGGGAGGCGGGGGGGGGGGUGUAUUUACUGCAUUUGGUCUUGUGCACGUGCUCCAUGCAUACAAAACGUACAGCUGCACUGCAAGUUGCUGUAAAUAAAAUUCAAUCCACGGUUUGUUCUUGUCUUUUUAAUAUGUUGGUGUGCACGGUGCAGAUCAGGCUAAUGGUAUGUCAACCAUUGUGAAUACAAUAUCAAAAAUGAAUGUAGUGCUGGAACGAACAUGGAAUCCCCCCAACAGUAUUCUACUUAUUAAAGUAAUAGAUACAGAGAAUAUCAGAAUAUGAGGAUGUGGGAUGUAACCUGCCCAGCAUAUCAAUGUCUACUGUUUUGGGGCUCAAGAUUCUAUCUGCUGAGAACUGUCAUUUUGCUUACAGUAUUGUUUUGCUUUGUUCCUGAAUAAACCACUUUUAAUUGAAA